GGCCAGAGAAGAAGUAGAAAAGUGGAAGCUUGGAAUGACUUUAAAAGUUUGUACUUGGAAGGGGGAGUAUCUUCUCCCCCAAAACGCUUAUGGAUUUGUGUUCUAGGGUUCCAGCGCCCGCGUCCUCCAGGCCGCUGUGUGCGUACGACAUUCCAUCGCGGCUCGGCGGCAGGAGCUCCAAUCUCGCGGCGGAAUGGCGGAUUCGCAAAAAUGCGGUGCUCACGACGAAGAUUUCUCGCAGGAGGAUGCGAUCGACGUGUUCUUACGCGUCGGGAAGCAAGUACUCGGAACCGAUCGAUGUGGUCGCUAAGGUCCGCACAGAGAAGGUGGUGGUCCUUGGAGGCAGCGGUUUUGUGGGAUCAUCGGUGUGUAAGGCCGCGAUUGCGCAAGGAAUCGAUGUAACGAGCCUUAGCCGGUCUGGAAAACCUUCAUACCCAGACCCAUGGGUGGAUCAAGUUCUCUGGGUCUCAGGAAAUGUGUUCUACGCGGACUGGAAUUCUCUGCUCAAAGGUGCAACCGCGGUGAUAUCCACGAUCGGAGGCUUCGGAACGAACGAAGAAAUGGAGAAGAUCAAUGGAGAAGCUAACAUAAUCGCCGUUGGUGAAGCAUGCAAAGCUGGCAUACCGAAGUUCGUCUACGUUUCGGUUCACGACUACAAUCUUCCGUUCUUCGUGUUGAAUUCGCUUGGAUACUUCACUGGGAAGAGGAAGGCGGAAGCGGAGGUCUUGUCCAAGUUUCCAGGCUCGGGCACUGUUCUUCGACCUGGUUUCAUUUACGGCAAGAGACGGAUAAAUGGAGUCGACGUUCCGCUCGACAUCAUCGGCAAGCCUUUGGAUAAGUUCCUCACCUCGGCUGAGAAUUUCAUCAGUCCUCUCAAGUCCAUCCCUGGCUCGGAUGUGCUUCUCAGCGCUCCCGUUAGCGUUGAAGACGUUGCUGGAGCUGCAGUGAAAGCUGUUCUGGACGAUUCCAUCUUCGGGGUGUUGACGAUCGAGCAGAUCAAGGAAGCGGCAUCCUCUUUGAAGUCAGCGGUACCUUUGUAGCAGUCAAGCCUACGAAGACGCUUGAGCCUUUGAGUGUUCAUAUCUUGAAGAGCGAUGUACACUUCUCAAAACUUAUAAACGAAAGAUGCGCUUAUGUUUACC